AUCAGCCACAGACACGCAUCUCCCUCCUUGAAAACCAGGCUGACCGAGAGGUUAUGCUGCCCAUCACCUCACGGGGUCAUUUCCACCACGACUCUUUCUUCGAGAAUCUCCGCCAGCAGUUCGAUACAGCCGUGCGAGACAUGCUGGAUCUGUGGGAUUCACGCUCAUCCUUCGAGGACGACCUUCUCUCCUACAGACGAAUGCGAGAUCUCAACCUCACGGAAGAGACUCAGGCUCUCUCCGUCAGCCAAGACAACACGUCGCAUCAGGUCGUGAUUGACGUGCGCGACUUCAUGGACGGCGACAUCAAGGUGAAGGUGGUGGACGACAGCGAACUGGUGAUCGAAGGCAGCGUCGAGAAGCGACGAGAUGGCGCCGUCUCGAAGAAGACUUUCUGUCGACGCUUCUCAUUCCCGGGUCUCUUGAGCGAAGACGCUGUGUCCUCGUCCAUGUCGGCAGAUGGAGUUCUUACUGUCACUGUUCCAAAGAAGGUGCGUGGUAAAAGCUGUCAAAUGGACUGAAUACAAUCAUCAUUUACUGG